UUUUUUGGGUAUAAAAAGAGUUACAAAAGUUUAAUGAUUGUAAGGUUUGUGAAGAAAAUGUGGUUGGAAUUUUAGUAGCUUUUGUAGUUUUGGGUUUCUUUUUGUGUAAAUUAGUGUGGUGAAGAAAGGAAAUGAGUGAGACGGCAAGCGUUACGGCGCUCGCUGUUUCGGAGAAUAGACCUCGAAAGAGUGGUGGAUGUGUUGGAAUAUUUUUUCAGCUUUUUGAUUGGAAUAAAAGGUUUGCGAAAAAGAGGCUUUUUUCGAAGAGGUUGCUUCCACCACCAGAUCGUGCGAAAGAAGCUUCAAAGAAGUUUGGAGGUGAUGAGAAGUUGCCUAAGUUAAGACUGAUUGCUGAUGAAAAUAGUGGGGGAUUUCCAAAUAAGACUAAAUGUGGUGUGUCAAAUAAUGAUGAUAAUAGUAAUGUAGGAAAGAAUAAUGGAGUUCAAACUCCUAGUUUGGUUGCUAGGCUUAUGGGGUUAGAUUCAUUGCCGUCUGUGCAACGGUGUAAACUUUUGAAAGAUUCUUCCGGUGAAUUUAGGGGAGGGAGAAUGGACAAAGUCGUGGGCGAAAAUGAUGAGUGUGACAAGGAAGCCACGAGGCAAGAAACGAGGCCACAAAAGCUUCAAAAGACUGGAAUGGCUGAUAGAAGGAAUGUGAGUAGGUUUGGAGCUGAAGCUUUGCAAUUGAAAAAUGUUUUAUCUCGAUCCAGAAAACAUCAUCACCCGAAACUUGCAUCCCCUGUAAAAAGUACUAGUCAUCAUACAAGGAGGAAUACAUCGAGGUUAAUUGGUGUUGCUACUAGGAUUUUAGAACCUGGGGGUAGAAAUAGGUCUAAAUAUGCUAUUACUUAUCCUCACAGUAUACGAACACCAGAGCCAAUGAAGGCUGAAAAUCUUGAUAUAUUGAGUGGACAUGCAUCGUGCAAAAACUGUGGCAAUUUGGUGGAUAUUGUAGAGUCUACAUCAAAAAGAGAUGUGCAUACAACUGUUUUUGAUUCUGGUAAUCCUUUUCAAGUGUCACCGAAUGGUAACUCGAGACUUGCUUCUUCAUCUUUCGAUCAGGAAGAAGCAUAUUGUUUUAACGAAAGUAAACAAUUGUCACAGCCUCAAAGUUUUGCAUCCCAGUCGUAUUACAAGGACAAUAACCAAAGGCUGGUUGACAUUGGGGUUUCAUCUCAAGCAAAACUGAACUCUUUGCCAUUUAACAGCGAUACCAGAGACUUUGUUGCCUUGAAUAAGAGUUUAAGUGGUCGAAUGCGGUCAAGGUUACCGGUUAAAGUUGAGGAUACUAAGUUUGAUAAGAGGAGUCAGUUUGACAAUGGGCGUGAUCACGGGCAGAAAAGACAGUUCUCACAUAUCAGAAAAAAAGGAGAAAGUUCUGGAGUGGUAUGUUCUUCCAAUAACAAGGCAAGAAUGGUCAGUAGUGCUGCAUCUACUGGAAAACAGAUGGAAUCGGAUCCUUGUUCCAUAGACCGUAUUGGUGAUAGUGGAAACAAGAACUUCGAUGGGAUGGGAUUUCGAUUUAAGUCCCCUAUGAAGAACAGGUCUGAAGUUCCGACAAAAGUAGAGAGACGAAGGAACCAAAAGGCUUCUCCUUGUAAAAUAUCUCGACGCAAAAACUUUACAUCAAAUGGAAAUGAUGAGCUCUCCUUGCAGAAACCAUUCCCUUUGUCAGGAGAUUCGUUGGGUGUUAUCCACGAAGAAAAGGUGCAUGAUUUGUCGAGGCAAUUAGAGUAUGAACCAGAAAUUAAUGGUACUGCACAAAAGAGGACACCAUCUCAUAUAUUUGAAGAGCUAUUAUGUGCCUUAAACAUGGAGAGACGGCCGCUUCCUCAAAAGAGCCAUCAUCCCCACCAUCUCAGUCAUAAGUAUGACCACAACACGAAGUUCUAUUUGCAGGCAAAACAAGAAAAAGCAGGAGCGUUUAAUGGGCGUAGAAAUGUUGAUCUUCUUAGCCCGGGAUCUGUUCUUGAAACGUCAUUUUCAAAUGAUAGCUUCUGCUCUAGCAGUUUCGAAGAUAGCACAGUACCCACACGGAAUGCGGACUCCAUGAGUUACUCGUAUGAUGAAUCCCAAAUUCAAGAAUUAGAGACAGAUCCCUUUUAUUCCGAUUUCGUGUUAAGCAAAGAAAAUACUCAAAUCGAGUUGGUAACUGAUCUUCUCACCUAUAUUUCACAAGUAUUAUGCAGCAUUGAUCUCGUUGAUUCUAGAAUAAAGGGAAACAACCUUGCUCACAUAAAAGAAGUCAUCUUCAACACAGAGCUAGUCCUUGCCAGUCAAAUCCCUCACAACCCAAAUGCAGUCAACUCUUUCUUCGUAUGUGACCUUCUUCUUGGACUAGACUCCAUAGCACGCGUAAUGUGGACCAGUUUCGGCAACUUUCUUGGGUCUGAGAACUCAAAUGCGGGAUAUCAGUUAAAGCUCUUUGUCUUUAAUGCUCUAGUUGGAUAUUUAGACUCCAAGUAUGGUCAAUAUGCAAAAUGCGGAUUUAGAGCAUGGAUGAACCUCCCUCCGUUUAUGGGUCCUGAGAUUCUAGUUCACGACGUUGCAGAGGAAGUGAUAAGGUGGAUGGGUUUUGUUGGUGUCACAUCAGAUGAGCUAGUAGAGAGGGACAUGAGCCAUUCUUUAGGAAAAUGGACAGAUUAUGAAAUUGAAGAAUACGAGACGGGUGCUAAAAUUGAAGGGGAUAUUUUCCACUUGUUGAUUGAUGAAAUUGUUGUCGAUAUGUUGACUGACAUUGCCUUUUUUAGGCUAUGAAGGAGUUCAAUGUAAUGGUCAAAAUUGAUUUCAAUGAAGAUUGCUGUAGUGUUAGUGUUUGUACAAAUUGAUGAAUGUUGAAAGAAGCAAGAUGUUGUGUUUUUGUUGGGUGCCAAGUAAAUUUCUAAUUGUUUGUUCUGAACAAAAUGCAUUUUGUUUUAGUUGUAAUCUGUAUGUUUUGUUGUAAUUAAAUGUCAGCAAGUUUGAAAGAGAAGAAAAUAUUGAGGUAGAA